GACGUAUAUUAAAAGAUGCUACACAAGAACUUCAUUCUGAAUUAAUAACAAAGGCAACUCAUGAUAUUGUUGGAGUGUCAUUAGCAUUCAAUAGUGUUCAAGAUAUUAGUGCUGAACUAGAUCGAACAACCAAUGUAAUUUCUAAAAUUGAAGUAUUUCUUGAGGAUUUAAAAACUCAACAAAUUAAA